AUGUUUGCGAACGAGCGCGGGGCUUCGCCGGGAUCUGGUUACAUCCGGUGCGUUCGCUCAGCGGCCCUCCCUCGUCCUCGUCCCUCUUUCCGCCCGCUCCUGCUUCCCCUCACCCGCUCCCUCACCUUGACCAACCUGUGGUUGCUGCUCCCGUGGGGAGUGAAUGCUGCACCCACCUGUGGGGAGUGUAUAGAACUCCCUGUUUGUUUCACCUCCCCCCUUAACCCACCCCCACUUCCACCUUCCCCCUCCUUUUUCUUCCCCUCCCCUUUCCCCUUGCAUCGACCCCUUUCCCUCCCCAUCGUACCCCGUCCUCCUCCUUUCCCCGUCUUCCCCCCCCCUCGCCGUUCCCCCACCCCUUCCCCUUCCCCCCCUUUCCCCCUCUUUACCCCUUCUCUCCCUCUCCUUUCCCCCUUUUCCCCUCCUAUACUCUUCCCCUUCCGACCACCACUCCGCUUUUCCACACAUCCCCCCCUUCCUCUCCCCUUUCACCCCCUUUUCUCCACUCCCGCACCUGGUUUCCCCCAUUCGCAUUUCCUUCUCUGCCCCCCUCCUCCUCCUCCCUCCCCCCACCCCCACCUUCCCCAAGUGCCCGCCCACCCUCCUCCCCAUCUCCCCCCUUUCGUUCCUGCCCUCACCCUCCCCAUCUCCCCCCUGUCGUUCCCGCCUUCACCCUCCCUAUCCGUCCACCCACCCAUCCCCCCCUCCAGCGGCAGUGUUGCCAGCCUGCAUGGGUUGCACCUGCAGCGCCCUCUCUUCUCCCCCAACUUACCCACCACCCAUGCAUCCCCCCCCCUCCGGCGGCAAUGUUGCCAGCGUGCCCAUCAUGGGAGGCGGGGCUACAGCCGUUGGAGGCCUGCACGGGUUGCACCUGCAGCGGCCAUCAUGGGAGGCGGGGCUACAGCCGUUGGAUGGAGUGACAGGCCCACCUUCCGCCCUCCCACACACCCUCCUUUCUACCCACCGACCCUCCCAUCUUCCCACCCACUCUCCCAUCCACCCAUCUCUUCCUCCUAUCCCAUUCCUGCCAGUUUGCACGGGCUGCACCUGCAGCGGCCAUCGUGGGAGGCGGAGCUACAGCCGCUGGAGGGAGUGAUAGGCCCACCACACCACCCUCCCACACAUCCCUCCCUCCUACCCCAUUCCUUCCAGCCUGCACGGGUUGCACCUGCAGCGCCCGCAAUGGGAGGCGGAGCUACAGCCGUUGAAUGUCUCAGAGUCCUGCACGGGUUGCACCUGCAGCGGCCAUCAUGGGAGGCGGAGCUACAGCCACUGGAGGGCGUGACAGGCGUGGUGGAGGUGGUGGUGUUUGAUAUGAGCGUGCGGCACCGGAUUGGUUACCGCUGGCAAAAUAGCAGCAGCACAGACAAGAGCAGUGGGGUGGGUGAGGGCAGCGGGCCGCUCUUCUUCUGCUGCACCAAGGAGCUCGAGCCUCUCACCGGGUGCACUGUGGGCCGCCUGAUAGUUUUACGAGAGGCACACGAGCCUGAUUGGCCUCGGGUCCUAGAGGCCCAGUUCCUCGGCAACAGCUCACUCACAGCAACAUUGGAUGCAGAGGUGCACGUGCCGCGGGCCGGCUUUGUGUAUGUGUGGCUGGCCAUGUGCGACAAGAACCUGGACAACACCAAGGUGUUUGGACACACGGAGUGGCGCGCGCACGGGUGGGGGUACCUGCCGGGCAUGCUGUCCUCACAUCUGCCAAUACAAACAGGCUUGCUCGUGCUCUACACCCUCCUCUACCUCGCAUGGCGCCCCCAGUUCGGUCCGGCCUGGCACUCCCUGGACCGCAACUCGCUCCCUCACUUCCUCACCUUCCUCCUCCUCCUCUCCCUCCUCUCCACCCUCACCACCCUCUGCGACCUCCUCCUCCUCUGCACCACGGGGCACCGAUUUGUUAUAAUCACGCUCGCUGCAGUGACAGCGGGGGUCCUGCAGGGGCUGCUGCUGAGGGGAGUGCUGGCGGGGGUGGCGGUGGGGGUUGGCACGCUGCUGCCAAAAGUUGGGGUGAUUCCUGGCAAGGCGCUCAUACCAGCAGCCCUAUACGUGCUAGUGGCGGCAACAUGCGAGGGAAUGAGGAGUGUGGGGCAGGUGGACGACUGGGGCAGCGGAGAGCACGUGGCUCUGCAUGCACCCCUCCUGCUCAUGGACCUUCUCCUCGCUGCCUGGCUUAUUCCGACCGCUCUCACCACCAAGGCGCAGUGCAUGCAGGCUUCAGACAGUCGAAUCGUAAGCACCUUCCGCCAGGCACUGGCAGCAAUGGCAGCCAUUGGCGCUGCUGCUCUCGCCCUCACCUGCUCGGAGGCGUAUCUGAAGCUGUCAGACCCCCUCAACCUGCAGUGGCAGAGCGACUGGCUCAUCACAGCAGCAUGGCACCUCCUCUCCUUCCUCACCCUCGCCUCCCUCUGCUUCCUCUGGAGCCCUGCCCACCUCUCCACCCGGCAUGAUGGAUCCACUCAGGGCGACAAGGAAGAAGCAACUCCUCUGUCUGACUGCGCCUCAACUGCACUACCCCUGCCCCUGCCCCUGCCCCUGCCCCUGCCCCUGCCCCUGCCCCUGCCCACGCCCAUGCACCUGCAUCUGCUGCUCUUCCUAAUCUUUGCAAGUGCUGCCGCUGGUUCUGACCGUGCUGCUCAUGCUGCCCCCUUGCCCUGUGACCCCUCCAGUCCUCCGUCUGACUGCGCCUCAACUGCACUACCCCUGCCGCAGCCCAUGCACCUCCACCUGCUGCUCUUGGUUCGUUUUGUACGUGCUGCAGCCGGUGCCGUUGCUGGUGCUGCUGGUGCUGAUGCUGGUGCUGGUGCUGGUGCUGGUGCUGGUGCUGGUGCUGGUGCUGGUGCUGAUGCUGAUGCUGCAGCUGUUGCUCCAGGUGCUCCCGCCACCAUUGGCUUUGCACCUGCUGCAACUGCCGCUCGUGCUGCUGCUGCUGCUGCUGCUGCUGCUGCUGCUGCUGCUGCUGCUGCUGCUGCUGCUGCUGCUCCUGCUCUCGCUCUACCCUCUCUUGCCAGCUUCCUCCUUGCUGCCGCCACCAUUGGUUUUGCACCUGCUGCAACUGCCGCUCAUGAUACUGCUGCUGCUGCUCUCGCUCUACCCCCUCCUCCUCCCCCUCUUGCCAGCGUCCUCCUUGCUGCCCCCCCAGCAUGCUCAGACCUUGCAUUCCCCGGAUCCCAUCCAGCUCAUCCCAUCCAGCCUCAACUCCCGUCUCUUCCCUCUCCCCCCCACCUCCCCUCAGCACCAGCCCCACCACAUCCAGCUCUCUCAAAUCCACCUGCUGCUGCUCCUGCUCCUCCUGCUCGCACUCUUCCUGCUCUUGCACAUAGGCGGCUGCUCCCAAUCCCUCCUCUCUCCUCCUGCCCAAUUCACCUUCCCCAGGUCCCACCGGCAGCUCUGGCAGUGGCAGGCUGA